AUGAUUAUAAUUGAUAAUAUGAUAUUAUCAAUCCUUGCAUUAGUAAUAUUUCAACUUUAUCACUUCAAAUCGUCAACACGUCCAUUCAAUGAUAUUUUUACUCAAUUAACUUCCAUCAAUGGUAGACAAGAUCCUUAUCUAUUAUUCCAAUCGAUCCAUACUACUGAAGAUCCCUUAUAUGAUAGAAUCGGUGUCCCCACUCUAAAUCCAUCAUCUGAACAUUUGAAAGUUGGAUCAAAAGCAAUGGUUGCAAGUGAUAUCCCCGUCUGUUCAACCAUGGGGAUAUCAAUUCUUUUGAAAGGUGGUAAUGCAGCUGAUGCAGCAGUAACAGUCGCAUUAUGUAUUGGAAGUAUUAAUUCUCAUUCUUCUGGGAUUGGUGGUGGUGGAUAUAUCGUUAGUAAACAUGGGGAUGAUUAUAUUAGUAUUGAUGCCAGAGAAAUGGCUCCUAAACAUGCUUUUAAAGAUAUGUAUGAUAAAUAUCCAAUCUUAAGUAAAGUGGGUGGUUUAGCCGUUGCUGUUCCUGGUGAAUUACAUGGAUUAUAUAAAUUAUUCGAUAAUCAUGGUCUGAAAAAUCUUACUUGGAAACAAUUGAUCGAACCAGUUAUAACUUUGAAUGAACAAGGUUUUGUAUGUUCAAAAGUAUUUGAAAAUGUGGUGAUUAAAGAAGAAGAAUUAGUUUUAAAUCGUAUUCCUGCUUUAAAGAAAUGUUGGGAUUUCAUCUAUAAAGAUGAAGAAUGUACCACCUUAGUUGAACAAGGUGAUAUUAUUGCUCGUCCAAAUUAUGCUCGUACUUUAGAAUUGAUUGCUAAUAAUGGUUCUUCUGCUAUAUUUUAUGAUCCCAACGGACCUAUAGUUCAAUCUUUGAUACCUAUUAUUCAUCAAUUUGGAGGGAUUAUCGAAGCUGAAGAUUUCGCAAGGUAUGAUGCUGUGGUUGAACGCCCUAUAAGUACUGAGUUCUCCUUGAAUGGGAAGGAUAAUUAUACAUUAUUCACUUCAAAUGGAGCUUCCAGUGGAUUAGCCUUAGUGGCAGGACUUAAAUUCUUUGAACUGGUAAUUAAUAAAGAAAAGGUUGAAGAUGAUUUAUUAUAUAAUCAUAAAUUAAUUGAAAGUUUUAAAUGGUUAGGUAGUAUUCGAAGUGAAUUUGGAGAUGUUAAUAAAACAUAUGCUCAGUCUUUAAUUGAUAAAUAUACUGAUACAACUUGGAUUGAAGAAGUUUUACAACAAGGAGGUUAUUCUGAUUCUCAAACUUUCAAUUAUACUCAUUAUCAACCAAAAUAUGAUCUUGUUAAUAAUCAAGGUACAUCCCAUUUCAGUAUUUUAGAUGAAGAUAAUAAUGCCGUAAGUAUGACUACAACAGUUAAUCUUUUAUUUGGAUCAUUAGUAUAUGAUUCACAUACAGGGAUUAUACUUAAUAAUGAAAUGGAUGAUUUUAGUCAACCCAAUAUAUCAAAUGCAUUUAAUUUAACCCCUUCGAUAUUUAAUUUCAUUGAUAGUUAUAAACGACCAUUAAGUUCUACUAGUCCCACCAUAAUCAUCAAUUCUACAUCUCAUACCCCCGAUUUCUUAAUUGGAGCUGCGGGUGGAUCCCGUAUCACUACCGCAAUCUUACAAGCUAUAAUCAGAGUAUAUUAUCAAAAGUUGAAUCUAUUAGAUACGAUCAGUUUUCCAAGGAUUCAUCAUCAAUUGAUUCCUGAAUUCAUCAUGAUUGAGAAUUUAACCAUGUAUGGAGAAGAAUUCACUAAUCUGAUAGUUGAAAAGAUGAAAUCUUUAGGUCAUGAAUUUUAUAUAAGUGGUGCAGUAACUGCUAUGAAUGGUAUAAAACGAAAUAUUGAAACUGGAUUGAUUGAAGGAGUAUCUGAUUAUUGGCGGAAAAGAGGUAAGGCUGAUGGAUAUUAG